AUGGCGGCCUCCUGGGCCUCUCCCAAUAGCCCUUUGGCCGGCUACUACAAAUCGGCCCGGUCGACAGCCACGACGUACUACCAGCAGGCCUGCAAUCGUCGUCUGAGAGCCCGUCCGACCAGGACCCUGUUUCUUACGGUCGCAGCAUGUUUCUUCUUCCUCGUUAUGAUAUUGCGCUCGUCGAGCGGGACCCAGGUGGAUUACUGGGCCAAGUAUCCAUCAUUUCACUUCUUCCACGAUCGCCCCGAACAUUCCCAGGUCCUCCCACCCCACGGCCCGACGAUAGGCAUAAAUGAUACUCUCCCUACGAAUUUGACCAAGACCAACCCAGCCUUCCACGUCGCGAUCCCCGCCCGGAAAAAGUCCCGCGCGCUUUGUCGCCUGAUCACCUCUGCGAUGAUCCUGAAUUAUCCGCCUCCGACGCUCGUCCGGUACGGGCGACAGCUCCCCGAAGGCUCGCGGGAAUACGAUGCCAUGGUGGACCGCAUAACUGGCAUAUACAACUUUCUCGCAUACACCCCGCACGUGCGGGACGACGAUUUCGUCCUCAUUGCCGACGGCCAGGACUUCUUCUUCCAAUUGCCACCCGAAGUCAUGAUCCAGCGGUUUCAGGAUCUCUUGCGCGAGAACAACGAGAAACUACUGAAGAAAUACGGCUUGGUGAAGCUCGAAAGAGCGCCGCGCAGAGCCGGCGACGAAAAAGUUCAGAAAUACACGCAGCGGGUGCUCUUCUCCGCGAGCAAGGAGUGUUUCCCCAAUCUCCCGAAUGACGCGGGCUGCGUCGCAGUGCCGUCGUCCAGUCUCCCGCCUGACGUCUACGGCUGGAAGACCGAUCUUCAGCCGCACAAGCACCGGAUCCGACCUCGGUGGAUCAAACCCGGUGCUGCGAUUGGCCAGGCUGGUGACCUGAAAGCCAUCUACGCCGAACUGCUGCACUUUGUCGACCAGCAUCGCAAUGUGCGCGGGGACUAUCUUGCGCUGACCCAGAUGUUUGGGCGGCAAGAGUAUGUGCGAGAGUUGGAACGACGUCGGAGCUCCAGCUGGCUUAAAGAGUUCCUCUACCGACAGAUCGGCAUCUCCGAUGCUUCCAAUAUCACAGGAGCCGACGACCCUCAUCUCGAGGGUGGUCGACGAUAUGAGUAUGGGAUCGGGCUCGACUACGAGUCUCGAAUCUUCUUCAACAUGCUGAACUCCAAGAUGGACGUCGAAUGGCUGAAGUACAACAACAUUUCGAAGACGUCCUCUGUCCAGAUGGAGCAUGGAGUCCCGCGUGAGCACCGCCUCUUGCUCCCCGACGACCUCACCGCGGAGAAGAUCGGUAACCCGUUCACGCAGCCCAAGUUCGCCAAGGACGAAUGGGUGAGCCCAGCCUUCAACAAGACGCUUGACAAGCUUCCCAACAGCAAGAACACCUCUUGGCACAACAUUCCCCUCCUCACGAAUAUCCACUCGGCCUCGGUCCCCGCGCUGGUGCAUCUAGAUGGAGAUCCUGCUGUGCGGGACUUCUGGUGGAAGAAGAUGUGGUACCAGCCACAUGCUCGUGCGCUUCUUCGCAAGUACAUGCGCUCGCCGACUGGGUUCGAAGCCGCGCAGUCCGCCAUGCUGGGAGGUCAAGAAUGGUGGGACCUUCGCGGCGGCAAGGGCGGCCUUUGGACAGAUAAAGGCGAGUGGCUCGAUUUCGCCGAAGUCUGCACGGGCUUUGAACGUGACCUCUUCGACGAUGGAUUCGGCAGGUGGGCGCACGAGGGCGGCGAUGACGACGAACAGCCCGUCUAUAACCAGUUUGGGAAUCUGAUCAAGGGCAAGGAGAAGUGA